AUUUUUUUUCUUUCUUUACAACCUAUUUAUUAUUUACUCAUGUCCAGUUGGACAGUUGCAAAAGCAGUCUCAUAUUUCUUGGGCAAAAGAAAGAGCAACGAAGAUCCCAAACGACAAGAUCAAAGCCCGACAGCUCCCGCCGCAAAUGGACCAGAACCAAAACAACAACAACAACAACAGUGUCAUGGCAACAGUUCCAAGAAGAAGACACUACUACAAUCUUCUAGCAACGGAUAUAAUGACCGACUUAAAGUAUUUGUAGGUACUUGGAAUAUGUACGGCCGUUUAUUACCUAUCGAUUUGUCUACGUUCUUAACAGAGAAUAACAAUGAUGACGUUAUGCAUCAACAACAACAUGGCGGCUUGGAUGGAUCUGCCACACACCCGUAUCAUCUCUUAAUUAUUGGAACCCAAGAGUGUGAGCGAGACAUUUCCGAAAGUUUGUUUUAUCCUUCCAAAGAGGUCUGGGAAAAGAGACUAUCAGAUUAUCUUGGUUUGCAUUACAAGUUGGUACAAACUGAAACACUAGCUGCUCUGCAUAUUGCUGUCUUUGUCUGGUUACCGGUCCAAAAUCUCGUUAAAGAUGUCCAGUCCGAAUCUAUUAAAACGGGUUGGGCAAACAUGGUUGGAAAUAAAGGUGCAGUAGCCAUAUCCAUCUUAUUUGGUUCAAGGUCCCUAUUAUUCAUUAAUUGUCAUCUCACCGCUCAUCAGACAAAACUAUCGGAACGAAAUGCCAAUGUGCAACGUAUCCUGACCGAACUCGACAUGCCCAACUUUAAAAGUGGUAAAAAUAAGAAGAAAUCAUAUCCUUCUGUGCUUGAUCAAUUUGAUCACGUUUUCUUAUUUGGUGAUACUAAUUACCGUAUUAACGCCGAACGUCCCUUUGUAUUUGAUGCAAUUAAACAGGGAGAUUAUAAUACCUUAUUAGAAUAUGAUCAAUUAUCCGUUGAGAGAAGAACAGAAGGUUCUCCAUUAGCCUUCUUUCAAGAACAUCCAAUUCAGUUUCCUCCUACAUAUAAACUAGAUACCAUCAUCACCAGUGUUGGAGCAGCAGCCACUUUAGUUGCAUCCACCAAUGCAGAUUCUUCUGAAUCCGAUUGUUCUCUUCAUCGUCAUGCAGCAGCACCAAUAACAACAACAACUGAUAAGAAUGUAAACAAUACCAUGGUUUCUCUCUCCACUUCUUCUACUUCUUCUUUGCAUCGUUUUGGCUCUAAGCAGACUAUCAAGACAACUAUCCAAAACACAAAGGCAAAAUCUGUCAAGAGCAUUAAGCGAAGACUCAGUGGCCGCAAGAAGACCGUCGUUGAAGAUGAACCUAAUCAGAUCUACAAUAUCAUGACGGAAAAAAUCAUAGCAACCGAAAGUGAUGCAAGUCUCUCUCGUAUUGCUCUAUUUGAUUCGCCCAGCACCGUUCUCUGUUAUGACAGUUCUGAGAAACAACGUGUACCUAGUUGGACAGACCGUAUUUUAUGGUGUGACCGUGCUGCCACGCACCACUUGUCUCCCCCACCUCCACCUACCCCUACUACCAAUGGCAGCAAGAAAAAGAGAAAGAAGAGACCAAUCAAGAGUCAAAAGGCUACCAUGUCUAUCUUCCCUUUUCGAAAGAAUCACUAUAUGCGGGAUACCGUGUGUUAUUCGUAUAAUGCUGUCUUGCACGACUCACUUCUGGGUGUUAGUGAUCAUAUGCCUGUCAUAGCAGUCUUUGGUAUCUAUUUUGAUGAAUGGAAUUUUCCUCCCCCACAGAAAUCAUCAUUUAAAAUACCCCUUUUGAAAUCUCAUACUUUACAAAGUACCCAUACCCGAUAUUCUUCUAGAAACAGUAAAAAUAGGACUAUCUGGUGGCAAAGACUCUUUAAAUAAAAUAAAAACUAUUUAGCCU